CUAUGAACAACCUAUAUCGACGUUAUCUGCUGCAGAGGGAGUCGACGUGGAGGUGAAAGGUCAAAGCCGUCAUUGUGAUGACAUAAACGCGUAUAUUCAGAGAUCAGCUCAUUGGCAUCAGAUCCCACAAAUUAAGGAUGAAAUCGACAUGCUCCGUGAUAGCUGCUGAAAGUGACAUGAACAUGCUUGGAUGAAAAGUACAAGAAACUAAGCACUGUGAUCAACUCAACACCGAGAGACCAUGGUUCACGAAACCCAGACCGAGGCUCCGGUCAGUCCGAGCCCCAACGCGACCUUCACCUCAGUCGACGCCGCUUACGUCAUCAUAACCAACGGCCUGUCCGUCAUGUCCAUUGUCGGCAACCUCGUCAUCAUCGGGUGCUACUAUUUGUACAACGACAUCAGAACAACUGGUCGCAAACUUUUCGUCUCCCUCAGCAUCGCAAACUUCAUCAUGUGUGUAGGGGCAUUGCUGCAAGCGGCGACGUUCUACAAGAGCACGGAGCGGGUGCCGCAGGAACGUAGUGUGUUGUGUGAGACAGCAGCGUUGUUCACAGUGUACUCGAACACGGCGACGUGUCUGUGGACGGACGCCAUCGGCUUCUAUCUGUUCCUCUGUGUGACGUUACGCUUCAUCGUGGUGGCCAAUAGGGUGACGUGGCUGUUCCAUAUCUUUUCAUGGGUUAUGCCAGCCGUCGUUGCCUUCUCGGCCGGCGCCUCCGACGUGUACGGUUACGAUGACACGUUUCUGCGUAAGCACCGUCGCCCAGCGCCAUGUUGGAUCAGCGACAGAGUCUCCAACAAGAUGGACUGGUACUUUGUCACUAUCGAAGGCUGGAUGCUCGCGUCCUACCUGGCGUCUAUCCUGCUCUAUACGGUCAUCUCGUGCAGCGUCAAGUGUCAGGCAGUCAAAAAGAUUGACCGGAACUACGUCAUAGAGGACAUGGCGAUUCAGACAGCCAAUAAACAACUCCGUUACAUCCCCCUCAUCUUCAUAUGUCUGCGCAUCUGGGGAACAUUCUACUUCCUGUUUGUCCAGUACGGUCCGGCCAAGGGAAGGGACAUGUUUGGUGAUUCGUUACUUAUUAUGAAGGCCAUAGGCGACAACUCGAUCGGGCUGGCCAACUGUCUGCUGUUCCUGUUGUCAAUCAAAGCCAUGCGGAAACGAAUAGCGAGGUGGUUCAGUGACAGGUGCAAGGGCAAGGUCAGCGUACCCGAAAAAUGGCGGCCAUCUACCAUCGUCAGACGGAUACAGAAGAAGAAGCCUCAAGGCCUGGACCUCUCGGGGAUAUCCCUGGACUUCCCGACGAAUGACGACUCGUCCUCCAUUAUCGACGACGAUAUCCUCUUUGAACGCGAAGUUUGAUCACAUCAACUGAACAUAGUCCAAGCUAAUCCCCACGGGGUUCGAAUAGCUUGGAAGAGACAUGGCGGUAAACUAACAUACCCCUAGGAUGGUUAUAUCAAAAUACACAGAGGGGUGUAUUAUUUCACCGACCACGUUUUGUUUCUUACCAGCUAUCCAUAGAUAUAAGCGUACCAGGAUGUGCAGUAUAAAGUGUUUGAAGACUGACACAAUAUAUAUUUUUCAAUUCUACUCUUUAUUGUUUGAAAGGCCACAGGCCCAUACACAACGGAUUUAUAAGAUACAAAGUCAAGGUAACAAUUCACUUCGUAACAAAAACGCCCGAUGUAUGUGCAAAGCCAGUUGAUGUUGUGUUAGAAGAUCCUUGCAGGACAGUAAUGAAGACAAUGUUAUAGCAUUAACAUGAGAUGAAGACCACUGCGGCAAGUACUUGUUUCUUAGAUUUUCGUAUACAGGGCAAAUAAACAUUAAAUGGUACUCAUCUUCGACAACACUGUCACAAAAUGAGCAUAACCUUAGGGAUUUCUCAACAGAUGGAAAUCUCCCUGUGUUUUAGAUCAUUCAGGCCAAGUUUAAAGGAAAAUUCCUGUACCGUAAGUUGAUUAAUAAGAUUCAAGUAAUGACAGCCAAAUGAAACCAAAGACAUAUGUAAAAGGCAAUGUACGUGUACAAGAAGCCAAUGUGUUCUUUCCAAGACUAUCGAGGUGUGCAAGCAUUUUGUAGGCUUUCUUAGGUAAACGGUGUUCAGGCAUUUUUUAUUUUACACCAAUACUUCAUGCAACGAGUGUAAGAUAUAAUGUACAAUGGGAAUGUCCCGCAUUCUCGUUGAACCAUAUUACUUGGUGUUGACAUACCAACAUUCAAAAACUUGUAACAAGCGAGGACCAUGACCUAACUCAACUGCGUUGCUAUGGCUAUAUUUGUGCGCCAGAAUCAGUUACAACUUGGGGUACAGCGUUCUGAUAACAUUCUUAGGGUAGCAUAGCUUUAGGUUGUAUGUUGGUGUGGUCUUAUUCUACCUUAACCUGUAGGACUUCUCUGUACCUGAUCUUGAAUAUCGGAUAUCCUGCUGGUCCAUGGAUUUGAAGACAGUAAGGUCUAUAGGUGAUGCAUUGAUGGUCUGAACAGAUGUUACUCUUGUUGCAUCAACCUCCUAUGCCACCCCGUACACAGUGAACUCUUCCCUGGCUGUUCAACGAUAACCUCGACACAUGCAUGGCCAGAUAUGCUUCCUCCAUGUAUUUGUGCGUGCAUUUACUCAUCAUUUGGUAUUUAUUUAUGGUCUUAUUGUACAUUCUUGUUUCAUUGAUUUUAGAGACAUUUCAUUUGUGUAUGACAUGCACGUAAAGAUGCAAGGUCAGGGUUGCACGAGGCAGUAUGUCGAGUUGUCCGUGAGCGAAUGGGUCACUUGCUGCAAUUGAACCUAUGGUCAUGACGACUGGUUCCCGGGUGCUUUCUCGGGGAAACAGCUUUGAUAGGUUGAGACAGAUUCUACAGAGUCUAUUUUAAACUAAUACAAGGGCCGGGAAUGCCAUCGUGUUUGAUACCCGACACAUGUCAGUAUUAGGUCACAGUUUUUGCGAUAUUAAAUAAAUGUACGUGUAAAUAUUGCCCUUUGAUUGUGCCGUUCCUUCUUGUUGACCAUUGUAGCAGACUCUAUUAUGCCAGCACACACAUGGGUGAGUAACCUUAUGAUCUGUGCACUGCGCUAUCGGAUACUUGUUACUGUCGUCUUUGGAGAAAUAUAUCCCCUUUGACGAGAAAUAAAUUCAGAAUUUAAUUAAAUUACUUGAAAUCGAGUUCA